UUAGGCCUGGUCCUUGGGGCCGGUACUUCAGGACCGGUACCUUAGGCCUGGUCCUUAGGACCGGUUCCUCAGGACCGGUACUUCAGGACCGGUACCUCAGGACCGUGCCUCAGGACCGGUACUUCAGGAUCGAUACCUCAGGACCGUGCCUCAGGACCGGUACCUCAGGACUGGUUCCUCAGGACCGGUACUUUAGGACCGGUAACUCAGGACCGGUCCUCAGGAUCGGUACCUCAGAACAGGUCCUUCAGGACCGGUCACUGAGGACCGGCACUUGCGGGCGGUAGGUGCGGACCGGUCCCUGCGGAGGGACGGUGCCCGCGGAGAAGUAGUCGCGGGCGGUAGGUGAGGAGCGGGAGUGGUCGUCGGUCGGUGAGAAGGGGCGUCGGCGGCCGCGCACCAUGUAAGCGUGUCGGGGGCGGCGUCGGCGUUGGGGCCGCACCAUGACGGAGGAAAGCCGCGGGGAAGGCCGCGGGGAAGGCGGCAAGGAGCUGGAGAAGCAGCUGCGGCUGCGGGUGUGCGUCCUCAGCGAGCUCCUCAAGACCGAGCGGGACUACGUGGCCACCCUCGACUUCCUCGUGUCGGCUUUCUUACACCGAAUGAUUCAGUGUGCAGCCUCAAAGGUUGACAAAAAUGUCACGGAGGAAACCGUGAAGAUGCUGUUCUCCAACAUCGAAGACAUUCUUGCGGUGCACAAGGAAUUCCUCACCAUAGUGGAGGAGUGUCUGCAUCCAGAGCCCGAAGCUCAACAAGAAGUGGGAACCUGCUUUCUGCACUUUAAAGAUAAAUUUCGUAUAUACGAUGAAUAUUGUAGUAACCAUGAGAAGGCACAAAAGCUGCUCCUCGAACUUAACAAGAUAAGAACAAUACGAACUUUUCUUCUGAAUUGCAUGCUGCUUGGGGGACGAAAGAACACAGAUGUUCCUCUGGAAGGUUAUCUGGUGACACCGAUACAGAGGAUAUGCAAGUAUCCUCUUCUUUUGAAGGAGUUGCUGAAGAGGACACCAAGGAAGCACAGUGACUAUGCGGCAUUGAUGGAAGCCCUCCAAGCCAUGAAAGCUGUCUGUUCCAACAUAAAUGAGGCCAAGAGGCAGAUGGAAAAAUUAGAGGUUUUGGAAGAAUGGCAGUCUCACAUUGAAGGCUGGGAGGGUUCUAAUAUCACCGACACCUGUACAGAAAUGCUCAUGUAUGGAGUUUUGUUGAAAAUUUCUGCGGGAAAUAUUCAAGAGCGGGUGUUCUUUCUUUUUGAUAAUCUUUUGGUGUACUGCAAAAGAAAACACAGACGAUUAAAGAACAGCAAAGCUUCCACGGAUGGACAUCGCUAUCUUUUCCGAGGGAGGAUCAAUACCGAAGUGAUGGAAGUUGAGAACGUUGACGACGGCACAGCUGACUUCCACAGCAGUGGACACAUUGUCAUUAAUGGUUGGAAAAUACAUAACACAGCAAAGAAUAAAUGGUUUGUGUGUAUGGCGAAAACCCCCGAAGACAAACAUGACUGGCUAGAAGCUAUUUUGAAGGAGAGAGAAAGGCGGAAAGGUUUAAAACUAGGCAUGGAACAAGAUACAUGGGUGAUGAUUUCUGAGCAGGGAGAGAAACUUUACAACAUGAUGUGCAGACAAGGAAAUCUGAUCAAAGACAGGAAGAGGAAGCUAACUACCUUUCCUAAAUGCUUUCUUGGAAGUGAGUUUGUAUCCUGGUUGUUGGAAAUUGGAGAGAUUCACAAACCUGAGGAAGGAGUCCAUUUGGGACAAGCAUUAUUGGAGAAUGGUAUUAUCCACCAUGUUACUGAUAAGCAUCAAUUCAAACCAGAACAGAUGUUAUAUAGAUUCCGCUACGACGAUGGAACGUUUUAUCCAAGAAAUGAGAUGCAGGAUGUGAUUUCCAAGGGUGUGAGAUUAUACUGUCGCCUUCAUAGUCUGUUUACUCCAGUGAUAAGGGAUAAAGAUUACCAUCUAAGGACCUACAAAUCUGUGGUCAUGGCUAACAAAUUAAUAGAUUGGCUAAUUGCCCAGGGGGAUUGCCGGACCAGGGAAGACGCCAUGAUCUUCAGUGUGGGACUUUGUGACAAUGGGUUUAUGCAUCACGUUCUGGAAAAGAGUGAGUUCAAAGAUGAGCCCCUACUCUUUCGCUUUUUUGCGGAUGAAGAAAUGGAAGGAUCAAAUAUGAAGCACAGACUUAUGAAGCAUGACUUAAAGGUUGUAGAAAAUGUGAUAGCUAAAUCAUUGUUGAUUAAGUCUAAUGAGGGAAGCUAUGGCUUUGGUUUAGAAGACAAAAAUAAAGUACCGAUUAUCAAAUUGGUGGAGAAAGGGUCUAAUGCCGAGAUGGCAGGCAUGGAAGUUGGGAAAAAGAUUUUUGCCAUCAACGGUGACCUAGUGUUUAUGAGACCUUUCAGCGAAGUGGAUUGCUUCUUAAAAUCAUGUUUGCACAGCAAAAAGCCUCUCAGAGUCCUAGUGAGCACGAAACCAAGGGAGACAGUGAAGAUUCCAGAUUCUGCAGAUGGUCUUGGAUUCCAGAUCCGGGGUUUUGGUCCAGCUGUAGUCCAUGCUGUUGGGAGAGGAACCGUGGCUGCCGCAGCCGGUCUUCACCCAGGACAGUGUAUAAUCAAAGUGAACGGGAUUAAUGUCAGCAAGGAAACCCAUGCCAGUGUGAUUGCCCAUGUCACAGCCUGCAGGAAAUUCAGACGUCCAAUGCAGCAAGACUCCAUUCAGUGGGUUUAUAACAGCAUUGAAAGUGCCCAAGAGGACCUUCAGAAAACUAAUUCCAAGGCUUCGGGAGAUGAUGGAGGAGAUGCUUUCGACUGCAAAGUGGAAGAAGUGAUCGACAAGUUUAACACCAUGGCUAUAAUCGAUGGGAAGAAGGAUCACGUGAGCUUGACUGUUGACAACGUUCACCUGGAGUAUGGCGUUGUGUACGAGUACGAUAGUACAGCCGGAAUAAAGUGCAACGUAGUGGAGAAGAUGGUGGAGCCAAAAGGUUUCUUCAGUUUGACUGCCAAGAUUCUUGAAGCACUGGCUAAAAGCGAUGAGCAUUUUGUGCAGAACUGCAACAGCCUAAACUCUUUAAAUGAAGUAAUCCCUCCUGACCUCCAGAGCAAAUUCACUGCCAUCUGCAGUGACAAAAUUGAGCACGUAUACAGGAGAAUAUCUAGUUAUAAAAAGUUUUCCCGUGUGCUAAAGAAUAGAGCUUGGCCCACAUUUAAGCAGGCCAAGUCCAAGAUCUCUCCAUUGCACAGCAGCGACUUUUGCCCAACGAAUUGCCAUGUCAAUAUAAUGGAAGUCUCCUAUCCCAAGACCUCGACCUCCCUAGGGAGCGCCUUUGGAGUUCAGUUGGACAGCAGGAAGCACAAUUCUCAGGAGAAGGAGAACAGAACCAGCGAGCAAGGGAAGCUAAACCCCAUGGUCUACAUUCAGCACACCAUUACGACAAUGGCCGCCCCUUCCGGACUAUCCCUGGGUCAGCAGGACGGGCACGGGCUUCGGUAUUUAUUAAAAGAAGAGGAUUUAGAAACUCAAGAUAUCUAUCAGAAAUUGUUGGGCAAACUGCAGACGGCGCUGAAGGAGGUGGAAAUGUGUGUCUGUCAAAUAGACGACCUUCUGUCUUCAAUAACAUAUUCUCCCAAAUUGGAACAUAAAACAUCUGAGUCCUUAAUCCCCACUGACAGUGACAAUGAGAAAGGAGAGAAGAAUGGUAAAAAAGUCUGUUUUAAUGUAGCUGGAGACGAGCAGGAAGAUUCAGGUCAUGACACACUCAGCAACCGCGAUUCUUACAGCGACUGCAACAGCAAUAGGAAUUCCGUCGCCUCGUUCACUAGUAUUUGCAGUAGCCAAUGCAGUUCCUACUUUCACAGUGAUGAAAUGGACUCGGGUGAUGAACUUCCCUUGAGCGUUCGCAUUUCUCAUGACAAACAGGACAAGCUACAUGGGUGCUUGGAGCAUCUUUUUAGUCAGGUGGACUCAAUUACCAAUCUCUUGAAAGGACCAGCUAUAGCUCGAGCCUUUGAACAAACCAAGUUCUUCUCACCAGGUCGAGGAUUACAAGAGUUUCAGCAGGAAAUGGAACCCAAACUAAGCUGCCCAAAAAGGUUACGACUUCACAUCAAGCAGGACCCGUGGAAUCUUCCCAGCAGCGUCCGGACUCUUGCACAGAACAUCAGAAAGUUUGUGGAAGAGGCGAAGAGUAGGAUACUUUUGGCCCUCCUUGAAUAUUCAGAUAGCGAGAUCCAGCUCAGAAGAGACAUGGUUUUCUGCCAGAGUCUAGUGGCCACAGUCUGCGCCUUUUCGGAGCAGCUUAUGGCGGCCUUAAAUCAAGUGUUUGACAACAGCAAAGAAAAUGAAAUGGAGACGCGGGAAGCGAGCAGGAGGUGGCUGGACCAAAUCGCCACCGCGGGGGUCCUGCUGCACUUUCAGUCGCUGCUGUCACCCAAUUUGACUGACGAACAAGCCAUGUUAGAAGACACCCUGGUUGCCUUGUUUGACCUGGAAAAAGUUUCUUUUUAUUUUAGACCAUCAGAACAAGAGCCAUUAGUUGCAAAUGUUCCUCUUACAUAUCAGGCGGAAGGGAGCCGUCAAGCCUUGAAAGUUUACUUCUACCUUGAUAGUUUUCAUUUUGAACAACUGCCUCAGAGAUUAAAGAAUGGAGGAGGGUUUAAAGUCCAUCCAGUUCUCUUUGCUCAAGCACUGGAGAGCAUGGAAGGAUAUUAUUACAGAGACAAUGUUUCCGUGGAAGAAUUUCAAGCCCAGAUUAAUGCUGCCUCUUUGGAAAAGGUGAAACAGUAUAAUCAGAAGCUCAGGGCGUUCUACCUGGACAAGUCAAAUUCACCUCCAAACUCCACAUCCAAAGCGGCUUAUGUAGAUAAGCUGUUACGGCCACUCAAUGCUUUGGAUGAACUCUAUCGGUUGGUGGUCUCCUUUAUCCGGUCCAAACGCACGGCCGCCUGCGCGUACACCGCUUGCAGCGCCUCAGGCGUCGGACUGCUUUCGGUGUCCUCGGAACUGUGUACCAGACUCGGAGCGUGCCACAUCAUCAUGUGCAAUAGCGGCGUCCAUCGCUGCACUCUGAGCGUUACUCUGGAGCAGGCCAUCAUUCUUGCUCGAAGCCACGGUCUGCCACCCCGGUACAUCAUGCAAGCGACAGACGUGAUGCGCAAACAGGGAGCAAGAGUCCAGAAUACGGCCAAGAAUUUGGGAGUGCGAGACCGGACCCCACAAUCUGCCCCUCGGUUAUACAAGCUGUGUCAGCCACCACCAGAAGAAUAAAGAGAUGUGCUCCAAAAAUUCAUGAAUACUUCUGGGACACUGGACUAUAAAAGAAAAUUCAAUGCUGCUUCCAGUAAAGUAUUUCUGGACUCUCAUUAAGUGCUCUACUUGGGAUAAGAGCAAAACUGCCUUCGUUUAAAUGUUUCUCAAUCAAUUCCCGCCCCCCCCCCCCCCCCC